CCCAUUAUAAAAAGCAUAGACAGCACACGCACAUGGCAAACAAAACAAAGAGAACCCCACCACAGUAAAAGCUUCCCCAUUGUUGAACCUGGAUCGUUAAUGGCUUCCCAUCUAAGAACACCACCUCCUCUCAGCCAAGCACCACCUCUCAGCCAUGGCUGCACCACCAUCUCAUCCACCUUUCGGCCUCUCCGCCUCUCUGAGUGCAAGGGUCAGCCAUGGCUUCUCGCUGUAAAGAGCAGCAAAGCCGAAGCAACUCUCACUCAGUUGAAAAAGAUGCAAGAGAAAAGCACAAAAGAGAAGCAGCACCAGGAAAAAGAAGAGGAAUUGUUGGAGGAAGUGCAAUAUGAUGAAACAGAGGAGGAAAUAGAAAAAGAGUCGGCUCCGUUAUCCGAAAGAUGGCGAGAGAUACAGGGUGAGAACCACUGGAAUGGUUUGUUGGACCCCAUGGACGGAUUACUACGUCGGGAGAUCAUACGUUACGGCGAAUUCGCUCAGGCGUGCUAUGAUGCCUUCGACUUCGACCCCUACUCCAAGUACUGCGGCACCUGCAAGUACACAGGCGGCCACUUCUUCGAGAAGUUAGGCAUGGCCGACAGUGGUCACGAUCUCAGUCGGUACCUGUACGCCACUUCUAAUAUCAACCUGCGCAAUUUCUUCAGGAAAUCGAAAUUGACAAAGGUGUGGAGCACACACGCAAACUGGAUGGGAUAUGUGGCAGUGACGAUGGACCCCCACGAGGUGCAGAGGCUAGGGCGACGGGAUGUGGUGAUUGCAUGGCGUGGGACGGUGACAUACCUGGAGUGGCUGGAGGACCUGAUGGACUACCUGGCCGUGCCGGGGUUCGGACCGGAUGGAUCUGUGAAGGUGGAGUCCGGGUUCUUGGAUUUGUACACGCAGAAGGAGCAUUCCUGCAACUAUUGCUCCUUCUCAGCUCGUGAGCAGGUGCUAUCCGAUAUUCGCCGCCUCAUGGAGCGCUACAAAGAUGAUGAGCACGAGCUGAGCAUCACUGUCACCGGCCACAGCCUUGGUGGCGCCCUUGCUUUACUCAGUGCUUAUGACAUCGCCGAGACAGGCCUAAACAUCCUACCCGACGGCAGACGUGCACCUGUCACCGUAUUCUCCUUCGGCGCGCCGAGGGUGGGCAACAGACGGUUCAGAGAGCGAUGUAAGGAGCUCGGUGUGAGCGUUUUGCGGACAGUUAACGUGCAUGACAGUGUUCCAAAGGUCCCAGGUGUGCUCGUCAAUGAACAUGUAUCCGUGCCCCGGGCACUGGCCGAUGGCCUGCCGUGGAGUUACGCUCAUGUUGGGGUCGAGCUCGCACUCGACGACACAAAAUCCCCGUUCUUAAAGCCAGGCCUCGACCCUGCAAGCAGGCACAACAUGGAGCUCCACCUACACCUGGUGGAUGGACACAGGGGACCGGGGCACAAGUUCUUGCUGGCCGACAAGAGGGACGUAGCAUUGCUCAACAAAAGCGGAGGUCUGCUAAGGGAUGAAUACGGGGUUCCACCGAACUGGCGACAGGACGAGAACAAGGGGAUGGUGAGAGGCCCUGAUGGCCGCUAUGUGGUGCCCGAACGGCCAAGGAUAGAUGCACACCCGCCGGACACCGCACACCACUUGCAGCAUGCACUCAAAAUUGUUGAUGCUGUCACCUCUUCUGCUGCUGCUUUCACUGCUAAGUCUAGUUCUCCAUCUAGUGCUUCUACUUCCUCUGCCCAUGCCUCUGCAUAUUCUUCUUCUGUACCAGCACCUAAGGCAGUGAAAGCCCGCUAGCUUUCUAGAGAUCACGAUUGUUAAUAGCUCGAUGUAAAUUAAGAGAUAACUCAAUGAGAAAAAUGGGGUUAUUUUACAUCAGUUGAAAUGUUU